GACCACGGAUUCCUUUGAGACAAUGCUCAAGUCGUUGCUGGGUUACCAGUCAGGUUCAGGAGUGGGAAUGACAGAGUCGAUGAUAAGGAAAAAAGUGUAUGAGGGAGCGAUCAAUAAAACCCUGGAGAACAACUUCCCUCUAUUGCUUCAGCUGGUGGAGGAGCUGGUUGAUAAGUGGGCAUCUUAUCCUAAAUCACAGCACACGCCUCUUUGUGCUCAUCUGCUUGGAUUGGCUAUGAAGGCUGUCACUCAGCUUGCCAUGGGGAGUCGCUUUGGGGAUGAAGCUGAGAUCAUUCGGUUCCGUAAGAACCAUGAAGCGAUCUGGUCAGAGAUCGGUAAAGGUUAUCUGGAUGGAUCCCUAGAGAAGAGUUCUAGCAGAAAGGCCCGUUAUGAGAGUGCUCUGGCUGAGAUGGAGUCAGUGCUGAAGUCUGUGGCAAAGCAGAGGAGUGGACAAGGAUCCAGUCAGUCAUCUUUUGUUAACUAUUUACUACAGGCCAAUCUGACAGAGCGACAGGUGAUGGAAGAUGGUAUGGUUUUUACUCUAGCUGGCUGUGUGAUCACUGCUAACUUGUGCAUCUGGGCAGUUCACUUCCUAUCAGUCUCAGAAGCAGUGCAGGAACGUCUCUAUCAUGAGCUUGUUGAAGUGCUCGGAGAGGAACCGGUUACCUUGGAGAAGAUUCCACAACUUAGAUACUGCCAGCAGGUGCUGAAUGAAACGGUCCGCACAGCCAAACUGACGCCCAUGGCUGCCAGACUGCAGGAGGUGGAGGGGAAGGUGGACCAACACGUCAUUCCCAAAGAAACAUUGGUUAUCUAUGCCCUGGGUGUGGUCCUUCAAGAUGCAGAUACUUGGUCACUUCCAUACAGGUUUAAUCCUGACAGAUUUGCUGAUGAGUCAGUAAUGAAGAGCUUCUCGCUGCUUGGGUUUUCAGGGAGCCAGGCCUGCCCUGAACUAAGAUUUGCAUACACUGUGGCCGCAGUGCUGCUCAGCACGCUGGUGCGCAGGUUGAGACUGCACAGAGUGGAAGGGCAGGUGGUUGAGGCCAGGUAUGCGCUGGUGACCACACCCAAAGAUGACACCUGGAUCACAGUCAGCAAGAGGAACUGAAGGACUCAUAGCUCACGUCCCUGAAAUAGCCUCUUGGGAAAUGUGAAUUAUGCAUGGCCAAUGUUAUGUGCUCUAUAUCGUGUGUGGGACAGCAAUUGAUAAGAUCAAAACAAUGUCAUUUAGAAAUGGUCCAGGUUGUUAAAACUUUAUGCCACUGUUUUUUUUUAGAGGUCAUUCCCUCUGAAUGUCACAGACAUUCCAUAAACGGUGAUCAACAUUGAAUCGCAAUCUUUUAACUGCAAUCUUUCUAUACUAAUA